AGGUGGACUGGUGAAGCUAGCCAUAGGGUCAAAGGUUAACCUUCUGGAGACUCAUUGAUCCGAGGCCGUUAGCAUCAACCAGAGUGGCUCAGUGCUGGAAUCAGUCCUGUUUCCUCGUCCAAUCAUUAACCUCCUGCAGUCGUCCUCUGUUGCUCCACUCGGCUCCGUCCUCUAGUACUCCAGUCCUCCAGCAGCCUGCAGACGUUCGGACCCUGACGUGUCCUGGCCGCUCCUGACUGUCCCCAUUGCGUUGCUGGGAUGGGUUUCACCGACCUGCUGGACCAGGUGGGUGGCUUUGGCAGGUACCAGUGGAUCCAUGUGAUUCUAAUCAGUUUACCUGGUCUGAUGACGGCGAGUCAUAACCUGCUCAACAACUUCGUCUCAGGAAUCCCGGUCCACCAUUGCAAACCAGCGACCAAUCAGAGUUUGCAUGACCUGGGGCGCAUCUACCAGGUGGACGAGCAGCAGCUCCUGACGGUCUUCAUCCCUCCAGAUCCUUCAGGAAAUAGACUCGACCGCUGCAGGAGGUACGUGGAGCCUCAGUGGCACAUGUUGAGCCUGAACAUUUCUCUGAACGCCAGCGAGCUGCAGACCGAAGGAUGCGUGGAUGGAUGGAUCUUUGACCAAUCAGAGUUCUCAGCCACCACCGUCUCCGAGUGGGACCUGGUGUGCUCUCUGCGUCCUCUGAAGCAGAUGAUCCAGACCAUCUAUAUGGGUGGCGUUUUAACCGGAGCCAUUGUGUUUGGUGGCCUGUCGGACAGGUUUGGCAGGAAGUCUGUCCUUAUAUGGUCAUAUCUACAGCUGGCUGUGCUUGGCUGUAGCUCCGCCCUCUCUCCAUCAUACACCGCUUACUGCAUCUUCAGGUUUCUGAGCGGGAUGGCUGUGUCUGGAAUCAUCCUCAACGGAGUCUCACUCAAGGUGGAGUGGAUCCCUACCAAAACAAGGACCGUAGUGGGGACUCUCACCUCCUUCUUCUUCACCUUUGGUCAGAUGAUCUUGGCAGGCCUUGCCUAUUGGCUGAGAGACUGGAGGAAGCUCCAGCUGGUUCUCUGCGCGCCUCUGUUUCUGUUCUUCAGCUACAGCUGGUCAGUGAAGCCCUGGUGGUAUGCAGAGUCAGCUCGUUGGCUGGUGCUGAACCGUCGGUCUGAGGAAGCCUUAAAGGGCCUCCACAGAGUCGCUCGGAUCAAUCGGAGACCAGAGGUCAUCAACAAACUGACCUUAGAGGUACUUCACUCUCACAUGAGUAAAGAGAUUGAGUCGAGCCGCUCGUCGUUUACAGCCUUCGAUCUGGUGAAGACCAGAAGGAUAAGACGCAUCUCCAUCUGUCUGACAGCCGUCUGGUUCUCCACCAGUUUUGCUUACUAUGGUUUGGCGAUGGACCUGCAGAAGUUCGGGGUAAGCAUUUACCUGAUGCAGAUCAUCUUUGGAGCUGUAGAUAUUCCUGCAAAGUUCUUGGCUCUGGGCAUGCUCAGUUACCUGGGGAGGCGGGUCUCCCAGGUGUCGUGCCUCUUCCUGUCGGCUAUCAUCAUCUUUGCCAACAUCUUUGUCCCCACAGACAUGCAGAGCCUCAGAACCACCUUGGCCUGUCUGGGUAAAGCCUUCACAUCGGCCUCCUUCACCACCGUCUACCUGUACACCGGAGAGGUCUACCCCACUGUCAUCAGGCAGACGGGAAUGGGUUUCGUCUCCACGAUGGCAAGGAUUGGCAGCAUGGCGGCGCCUGCAGUUCUGAUCCUGGACGAGGUGUUUCCUGCACUACCCAGUGUGGUCUAUGGGGGCGCUGCAGUACUGGCCAGCGGUUUCGCCUGCUUCCUGCCCGAGACGCUCAAUAAACCGCUGCCCGACACCAUCGAGGAUGUGGAGGAAAACAGGUCUGAAGGAAACUGUGGCUCCCACCUGAAAGAGGGCGUGGCUCUGAAAGAGGGCGUGGUUUCUCCUGAUGACUGGGGCGUGGUCACAAAGGAAGGCGUGGCUUUAAAAGGACUGAAUGAGAAAGAGGGGAGUGGCCUCAAUGCUCUCUAACCAAUCACAGGAUGCUACAUCACAGUGUCUGGACCAAUCACCGCAGGCCAAUUAGACAUGUGGACAAUUUUAACAGUAAAAUUUAAUCUAUAAUCAAUAAGCAGGUGAUUGUUUAGAGAUGAGAAGAACAUGAGCUGACCAGAUGAUGAAUGACAUUUAAUGUCUAGAGUUGAGAUAUGAAUAAAUUGACUGAAGACACUGAUUAUUGAUCACUGAUUAUUGAUUACUGAUUAUUGUCCGAAGCACUUAUUGGCUGCUGUCAAUAAACAUAUUGAUAAUCUGA